AUGACGCGGAAGACCAAGAAGACGUCGACACCACGAUCGACUCGCAUCGAUAAGGAUGUGAAGACGACGCUUAUGCACAGUCGUCUACUUUCUUUUCUAUACGAUUUUAUGUGGAGUUAUCGUUACUUUCCACAGCUCGCGUGCGUUCUCUUAUUAAUGGAAGCGUGUGUAGGCUACAUCAUCAUUCAAAAAGUGCCCUACACGGAGAUCGAUUGGUCCACAUACAUGCAACAAGUUGAGCUCUUUAAGGAUGGAGAACGUGAUUAUAUGAAUAUUCGUGGUGAUACUGGCCCACUCGUGUAUCCUGCAGGAUUCCUCUAUGUUUUUUCCUUUCUACACUCUGUCACAAACGAUGGACAGAAUAUCCGACGUGCUCAGUACAUUUUCCUAGGAUUUUAUCUUAUCAUGAUUGCUACAGUGUUGGCUAUCUACUAUCGUGCGCGUGUACUGCCUCCAUGGGCCACCGUCUUUUUAUGCGUGUCAAAGCGUCUGCACUCGAUCUUUAUGCUACGGAUGUUCAAUGAUGGCGUGGCUAUGAUGCUGCUGUUUAUUGCUGUAUAUCUCUUUGCACGUCAACGUUGGCGAUGGGGCUGUGUGGUCUUUAGUCUUGCAGUGUCGAUCAAGAUGAACGUUUUACUGUUUGCACCGGCGCUGUUCUUCCUGUUGCUGCAGUCGUGUGGUAUUCUACGCACAGCUUGGUAUUUAUUCAUUUGCGCUGCUAUCCAGAUUGUAUUGGGUUACCCGUUCCUCAAGCACAACUGGUCGAGCUACUUGAACAAGGCUUUCGAGCUUAAUCGCGUAUUUGAGUUCAAGUGGACGGUGAAUUGGAGAUUCCUUGAUGAAGAGACGUUCGUGUCAGGUGGAUUCGCAUUAUUGUUGCUGUUGGGUCACGUGUUCUUUAUGGUGCUUCUCCUAGACAAACACUUUAACAUCAUGGGCACCAUCCGUGCCGUGAUGAUGAAGCCGUUCGUUAUUUUUGAACCGUUCCCGAUCCAGAGCGAGAUCGUUGUGACGUCGCUAUUCGUGAUGAACUUUGUGGGAAUUGUCUUCUCGCGCACACUGCACUACCAGUUCUAUUCAUGGUACUACCCGACACUGCCAUACCUGUUGUGGUGUUCUGAUUUGCCUCUGCUGCUAAAAAUGUCGGCGCUAUUGAAUAACGAGUACGCCUUCAACACGUUCCCGUCGACUACAAUGAGUUCAAUCAUGCUGCAGCUUUCGAACCUGUUCCUGCUUAUUACGCUAUACCUGAACCAAAAGUCCAACUCGUUCGUGCCGUACCUGGAUGCGGAGGCCCGGAUGAAUCUUAUCGCUUUCGUGAACGAGGAGUGUUUCGACGGGGCGCGUCAGCUCGCGUUGUACUACGGUAGCGUGACGGAGGAUCUGGCCGAAGGUGCCACCGUGUCUUCCAUUGACGAGCACGAGGUGGUGUUGUCGCUACCCAAGAUGAAGCUGACACUUGCAGUUGGCUUUGGCAGCAGCGGUCCCGUGACGGGUGAGGGCUAUGGUCGUCAAGUACUCAAGGGCAUGCUGAAUGAAGCUGGCGAGGGCAUCAAGGCUGGUAAUAACAUGGGUAAGCUCAUUAGCCGCGAGUACAUGAAGGAUAAGGAGCUCAAGAAUUUUGUAGACUCGUUAGAUGAAGAGCAGCAGGAUAUCAGCAACAAGUCGCUACGUCAGCGUACAACCGUUAAGACGGUGACGUCGACGACGUCGACAAACGUUUAA